AUGCGGUUGGUGGUCUCUUUGAUUCUCAUGGCGAAGCAGCACACCUUGCUGACUUUGGUAAGUGUGGCACCGCUGCCUCUGGCAUUUCUCCUCGUCAAGAAAACUGGCCAAGUUGUCGGCCGAUAUAGUGUCCUUCAGAACGACUCCCUGGCGCGCGUCAAUGCUGUUGCAUCUGAGGCGAUUGCCAAUGUGAGAGCCGUGCAGAUAGCUGGGGCAGAGCAGACCGAAGUCAAGGAAUAUUGCAAAGCUACGAACCACUAUUUAAAAGUCAUUGAGCAGACGCUCUUUAAGGAGACGGCUCUGCGUUUUGUCUCGACCCUCCUGAACGACGCUCUAUCAGACGUGCCUUUGCUGUGCCUCUCCUGUUGGUUCAUUGCCUGUGGGCAGCUGACCAUGGGCCAGUUCUACACAUACAGGACCCUGCUUUGGAGCUAUCGGCGUGGUUUCCGCGAAUUGGCAGAGCUCUUCACAGGUGUGUCACGUGCUCAGGCUGUGUCACGAAGGUAUUUCGAUCUCACAGAUCGACAACCUACUGUGUCCUCGAAGCCAGCUGCAAUGCGCUUGCCGCAAGAAUCUGUCACCGGAAGGCUGUCCCUUCAAGGAGUAUCCUUCCAGUACCCCGGCCAGGACAAAUGGGCCGUGCAGAACGUUACGUUCGAUGUAAACCCAGGGGAGAUUGUGGCUUUGGUCGGCGCAAGCGGUGCAGGAAAAUCUUCCAUACUCCGACUUUGCGCCCGUCUCGCUGAUCCUCAGGAGGGUUCCGUGCGUCUCGAUGGCCACGAUUUGCGCGAUCUAGAUCUACAGGAUUUUCGCCGCUGCAUUGGAGUUGUGGAUCAGGAUCCAGCUCUGUUCGACCGCACCGUGUGGGAAAACGUAGGAUAUGGCUGCAACAUCGACAUGGAAGACAGCAGUAAGCAGGAGCAGCUUGCCGAAGCUGUGAAUGCAGCGCAGGCCACGAAGUUCGUGGAGGCCCUACCAGCUGAACCUUUAGGGGAGCGUGGUUCGCGACUUUCCGGCGGCCAGCGACAAAGGCUCGCAAUCGCGAGAGCCAUUGCCAGAGGUGCGCCGGUGCUUCUGAUGGACGAGCCAACCUCGGCCUUAGAUGGCGAGACAGAGGAGGCGGUUGCUUCCACUUUGUCGCGCUUGGCUUCCAGAGGUCGUGCGGUUUUAGUGGCAGCACACCGAUUACGAACAGUUGCAAGAGCACAUCGUAUCGUGGUGUUGGAAGACGGACGUGUGGUGGAGGAGGGUCGUCGGGAGCAGCUACUGGCACAGCCCAACUCAAGGUACCGAGCCACUGUCGAGCCUUCCAUGGAGGUUGAUUGA